UUCUGUUCUCCCCAUUCCAGCUCACUGUGUCUACAGUGGUCGCCAGUGAGUGUCCUCCACUUCGCGCCGCCGCGUCCCUCGCCGACGUCGAUCGAUCGAGCGCCGCCGACGCCGGAGACGCCGUCCUGCCUCCCAGCUGCGUACUACUAGCCCUUUGACAAAAUGUCUGCACCGGCAUCCAGUUCCAAGAGGUCGCACGGACCAGCAGCGCACAGUGCUGACAGACUCAGCAGCCUUCCUGACCCGCUGCUCCAUCUCGUGAUGUCCUUCCUGCCGAUGCGAGAAGUCGUGCGCACAAGCUUGCUCUCGCCAAGGUGGCGCAAUCUCUGGGCCUCCGUGCCCUUCAUCCACCUAGAUUUCAAGGAAUUUGUGGAUGCUACUGCUGAUUCUUUUGUUAUUGGUGUUGAUGAUCAUGAUUGGUUGAAGCUGGAUGAGAAUAGGCUGCAGAAGUUUGGGGACCACUUGCUACUCUUGCGUGAUGGCGCGGUGCCCUUGGAUGAGGCUCGGAUCUUUAUUGGAGGUGCUGAUUUGUCUGACAAAUAUGAUUUGUGGAUUCAUCAUGCCAUCAAGCAUAAAGCUCGGCUGCUUCAUGUUUAUGCUCAUCGCUUCCUCCGAGUAGAAUUCAAUGAUAGAUCGAUGAUUCGUUCUCAGCACCUGAAAAUAAUCAGGCUCCAAGAAGUCACUUUGACUGACACAUCCCUUAGGCCACUGAAUUUUUAUUUCCCUGUGCUUGAACAUCUAGAGCUGGACUGUUGCAUUGUCAACUGUGUGAAGAAUAAGAUCUCAUCGAGGUCACUGCAGACUAUACGUAUAACCUGCUGCGAAGUCUUCGGAGAUCUUGAGAUUUGUGCUCCGAAUCUGAACCAUCUGUACAUCCUCGACCCAGUUUUUGGAGGGCAUGCUAUAGUAACAAGGGAUCUGUAUUCUCUAGUUACAGCUUCAAUAAGUCUAAGUGCCUUGGAGCUGUAUCAUGGUAUACUUGACGGCCUCUCACGUGUCACAACCUUGGAGCUACAUGCACCAUUACUUGAGAAGCCCACGCGGGAGAGGUGUUUGGAAACAUGCCCGGUGUUCAGCAACCUCAUAAGCCUGGUGCUUGGCGAAUGGUGCAUGGCCUCCAACUUCUCUCCUAAACUGAAGUAUCUGACCUUUAAGCUCAGAAUGGACCAGCUUCGAUCAUGCAAGGCUGCUGAGCGUGAUCGGUCACCAAGAGGGGACUCGUCGUUGGGCGGCUAUCCUAGCAUCGAGAGGACCAUGAUCUACUGCGGCAAAGAUGAUCCAAGAGUCAGCGCGUUGGUGAAGGUGCUGCUACCGAUUGUCAUCCCAGGCGGGGAAAUCAGCAUCAAAGGUCACUAGUAGUACCGUAUGCAUGCCGAGGCACCGUCCCUCUUGCUGACUUUUGCGAGUGCUGUGGAUGUGUAAGUAUGUCAAGAGGUGUGUUAAGUUGUAUCUUUUGCUAGUGAUAUGGUUGGAGCAUCAUGUCAAGAACUCUUUUCUAGAGAUAUUUGUAGGGGUUUGAGAUUAUGGACAGUACAUGACUCCGUAUGUAGUAGAAAAAAAAGAAGCCGCGUAACUUCGUGCA